AUGUUCAGUCCCGAAUCGGUCAUACGCCAUCAGGAGGGCAUCAGGGCGGACGUGAUUAUGCCGAUCGACGUUUGCGCGCCCGGUGGAAGCGACCGUACCGGUGUGGCCGAAGCCGUCGAACUGACGACACGAUGGGCAGAGCGAUGCCGAGAGGCGCAAACUCGUGACGACCAGAUGCUCUUCGGUAUCGUUCAGGGCGGGACCUUUCCUGAUCUGCGUGAAGUAUCGGUGGAGCUGAUCACUGCGCUAGACUUCCCCGGCUACGCACUUGGCGGUCUCAGCGUAGGGGAAUCCAAAAACGACAUGUACGACACGGUUGGGCAUACGACCACACUCUUGCCUGCCGAACGGCCCCGAUACCUCAUGGGCGUCGGUUCGCCGGAGGACCUUGUCGAAUGCGUGGCUCGCGGAAUCGAUAUGUUCGACUGCGUCUUGCCGACCCGAAUCGCGCGCAACGGCGCGCUCUUCGUUCGAGAUGGACGUGUCAACGUCGAUACGGCGCGCUUUCGUAGCCAACAGACGCCAAUCGAGGCGGACUGCGACUGCUACACGUGCGAGACGUUCUCGGCAGGGUACGUCCACCAUCUCUUCAAAGCCAACGAGCUUCUCGCGUACCGUCUGGCGACGGUCCACAACGUCCGGUCGUGCUGCGUCUCAUGGAGGAGAUCAGGGCUGCUAUCCGCAUCGCGCGUUCGAGGAGUAUCGAGCGGCGUUCCAUGCCCGUUUCGUCCCGCCGGAUGA